AUGCAUGAAUUGAGCUCCAUGUCCGAUCUUCCCCCUCCAUACCCUUCAGAACAGCCGAAAGACGGCAUAGACACGGCUGAUAGCGCAUCCAUAUGCGAUGACGAUGACGGUGCCGAGCAGGACAAGCUGCUCUCUACUGCCAGUCGCAUUCCAGAAGAGGACGAGGAGCGACCUUGUUUGUACGAGUCAGCGCAGGAGAGCUUUGCAAAGGACCCGUUCAGACCGUUCCCUUUGCCCGGCUCCUCAAGUGCCCGGAACGAGAAGAAGAUUCUGACCUUCCGAGCACUGCUUGUUGGGAUCUCCUGCGGUGCUUUGGUGAAUGCAUCGAACAUAUACCUGGGUCUCCGAGCUGGCUGGACCUCGUCAGCAAACAUAUUUGGCGAGAACAACAUUGUUCAGACCGCUGCUACGGCUGCUGGGGGUUUAUCGAGUGUGUUUGUCUCUGCCUUCCCGGCAAUGUAUCAGUUGAACUUGCUUGAUACCCCAUGGAGAGACUUCCUGCGUGUUACCGUGCUUACUGCAGCCGGUGGAUAUUUUGGCUUAUUCUUUGCAACGCCCUCACAUAUCAAAGUACGCAAAUUCUUUAUUUUCCAAGUUGCUAAGGAGCUCAAUCUUGUCUUUCCAUCUUCCUCUGCGACCGCAAUCACGAUUUCAGGCAUGCAUCUUGCCGCGGGAGGGUCACGGCUGGCCCGUCGGAAAAUGGUGGCUUUAGCGUCUGCUUUUGCAUUUGCAUUGGUACUCAGGGUUAUGUCUCAAUAUGCUCCUGGACUUCUUUGGGACUGGCAUAUUUUCACUUGGCUAGCGCUUUCAGGGGUUUUACCUUCGACUAUGUUCGCCAUUCAGAGCUGGGGAUGGUUUAUAGAGUGGACACCGGCGUUCAUAGGUACUGGAAUGCUAGUUGAUAUGAACGUGGCAUUGUCUUUUGUUUUUGGAUCUGUAUUAGCAUGGGGUAUUGUCGGGCCAACUAUUACAAAAUACGGACUUGCGUUUGGAGAACCGGUUUCGACAGAUAGUAAAUGGGAUGGAUUGGUGUCCUACAUCUCUUUUUCAAAGGAGUUUGCCAAUGCAACUCAUCCUAGCCCUAGAUAUUGGCUUCUAUGGCCUGGAGUUGCCUGUAUGAUAGUUGUUGAAUUCACAGAGCUCGCCUGUCAAUGGAGGGUUUUCUGGCUCACAGGAGUAGAGAUAUACAAAGCCUGCAAUAACAUACUGUCGCGGCUGCAAGAGAACAGGCAUAAAUAUAAACAUCUUACCGAAGAAGACGAGCUUAGGACAAAUCAGGCUAUGGACGGAGGAAUUAAAACAUGGAUGUGGUUACCGGGGCUUAUUGCUGUCCUUAUAUUGACCUGUGUGGUGAGCAGACUGCAGUUCGAUAUCCCGGUUGCUUCUUCGAUUCUCUCACUGGUCCUGGCAUUCACCUUCUCAGUCAUUGCCAUCCAAUCAACAGGCGCAACAGAUAUUACACCCCUUAGUGCCAUUUCAAAGGCCUCCCAGCUAGUUCUAGGAGCGACAACUCGUGGCCCGGAGUGGAAACUAGAGAGUUCCCAAAGGGUUAACUUACUCGGAGGAGCUUUAGCUAGCAUAGGCGCCAAUCAAGCCUGUGACCUCACGGGAGAUUUCCGAGUCGGAUUUCUGCUUAACACUCCGCCAUGCACACAGUAUGCUGCCCAAGCCAUAGGAACAUUCUUCGCCGUCUUCCUUGCCCCUGCGGUGUUCUCUGUGUUUGCUAGUGCAUAUCCUUGCAUUCUAUCUACAGGUGAUGAACCACGUAGCAAGAACGGCACCACGGGUCAGACGUGCCCAUUUACAGCCCCUGCUGCCUCCGCGUGGCGUGCAGCAGCAGUGGCCGUAACAGAUCCCGAAUUUCCCGUCUCUAAAACCAGCGUACAGUUCUCCAUAAUAAUGUCUGCCAUAGGCUCAAUUGUGGUCCUGGUUCGGCAUCAUCUGUGGAUAGGCAAAUGGGCAUGGAUGCGUAACUACCAUCCAAAUAUGAUGACUAUGGCUAUGGCCUUUCUCAUUCCUACCACGCAGUACAGUACAGCCAUGCUUAUUGGUACAGUGAUAGCCAUGGUAUGGAAAAGAAGGAAUAGCGGCUCUUUUGAAUCGUACGCGUAUGCUGUAGCAGCAGGAUUUAUGGCCGGUGAAGGAAUUGGUGGCGUAAUUAAUGCAGCCUUGACCAUAAUUGGCAUCGACGGUGCACAUCUAGGAACCAGUAUUGGCUGCCCAGGAGGUGAAUGUUGA